GCUGAAGUGCCACUCACAGUCACCAAGCCGCACAGGUAGUGUGCUCUUCCAGCAGGCCCUGGGGCAUUUGUGGUGGAGGAAGAAGGAAGGAGGUCGUGUAGGAGUUAGCACACCUCUAUCUCGUAACCUUCAACCAUCUUCUGCUUCCAGUCUACCAAACUUUCUUUCAAGCUACACCGGAUGUAGGUUAUGGCCAUACCUGGUUUGUAAUUUUUAUUUUCAUAAUGGAUUCUUUUCACUCUUGCUGUGCAAGAAAUUUCACACCCGACGGUGUGCCGCAGGCGGCUUUCAUCCAAGGAAAUAUGAGUGAGUGCUGGACGAAAACGAUACCAAUCAUCGAUGGCCUCCAACUUACAUCCGAACUGGAGAGGAAAGCAGCUUGUCCUCGGCUGGCCGAGGAAACAACUUUGGACGAGGGUAUUUCUCUGGGCUUUGACGGGGAGCGGCCGAACUUCGACAUCACAGCUGGAGCAACGCAACUUGGAAGUGGUGGAUUCGGGUCUGUGUACCAAGCCUAUUUGAUAGAUAAGCCGGUGGCAGUGAAGACAUGCCAUCACCCCCAAGACCUUCAUGCUUCGGCAAAUUCAGCUAACACGCCUCUUUGGCGUGAAGCCAGGGUUUGCUCUCGCCUUCGUCAUCCCAACAUCGUGGAGUUCAUCGGCAUGGCGGACACAGUGUCUGGCGUGUCUCUGGUCAUGGAGUACUGCUCCGGCGGACCGCUGUCCGCGCUGUUGUCGAAGCAAGGAGAAUUACUUCCGUCCACGUUGCUGACUUGGGCACAACAGAUAGCGGAGGGAAUGUGUUAUCUGCACCAUUCUGUUCGAGGUGGGCCUGUAGUACACAAGGACUUGAAAUCGGCCAAUGUUCUACUAUCUCGCCAGGUCAACCUUGAUGAUCCGACCACGCUGGUGAACAAUCCCGUGAAGAUUGGUGAUUUCGGCCUUGCUGGAGCGCCGUCCAAUGUUGACUGUGCAUCUCAUGCCACGUCCUGCAUGGGGACUUUCCCCUGGCUGGCACCGGAGUCCAUACGCCGGUCAUUGUUUACUUGUGCAUCAGAUACGUGGAGUUUUGGCGUGGUCCUGUGGGAGUUACUGACGAGUGAGGUACCCUACCACGGCAUCAACAAGUGGGCGGUUGCGUACGGCAUUUCCACACAGCAACUGCAGCUUCCGAUUCCUGCCACUUGCCCGGCCAAGCUACGCAGUUUGAUUGAAGACUGCUGGCGGUACAAUCCCAACGAGCGGCCAGCCUUUCCUGUCAUCCGUGAUCGCCUUUUAGCCAUUCAACCUGAUUUUGUCCCGCUGGAGCAAGAACCGUUCACCCGCGCCCAGCUAGACUGGAGGCGUGAAAUCUCAAAACUCUUCGAUGAGCUUCGUCAGAAAGAGCAGGUACUGCGAUCUCGCGAGGAAGAGAUUAGGCUCGGGGAAGCACAGCAGGCUGCGCUUCGCUCUGAUAUCCGCAAGAGGGAGCAGGCACUCCGGCGGCGUGAGAAUAUUCUGCUUGGAAGAGAGAUUGAGCUUGGAAUGAUGGAGAAGGAACAAACGGAGCAACAAGCCGACCAAUCCCGUCCCGCUUCAGCCGCUGGCAGGAGGAGUGCUUUCAUUCAGUUCUUCAGGCGUCUUAGCGCGCGCACUCCUCUUUUGCAGCUGGACAAUCGCAGCACAAGUAGUUCUGAUAACAUGGCGCUACCUCUGAUCGACUCUCUGUCCUCUAAUGAUGAUGAUGCGAUGAGUUUUGACGAUGGAUUCGAGUCCUCAUCAUCUGCCCCUCAAACACCAACGAGCAUCGGUGUCGGGUCUGACAUCUUCUCGGAUUUCGAAUAUUUUUCCAGGUUUGAGUCCGGUCUCCCAGUAUGACCUACGCUCUGCUCCUGUUUCCUCCCUUGCUCUAGCUGCACAACCAAUCUUAUUUAUACAACGUACACUUUCCCUUAGUCGUGCUUUUUUGUAUUCUUCGGUGGACCACUGCUCUGUCCCCGGAUGUCGGCUCCCUUCUGCAGCUUAGGAUUUGCAUUCGCUGAGGCUCAGCUGCCAGAAUGUGUGUGUGUAUUCGAUGCGGCACGGCGAGUGACACGUUCAACACCUGGCCAUGGUUACAUUGUUUACUGCCAGCUUGAGAAGGGGCCCCGUGCGCCUGAAGGUCAGUUUCUACUUGGGGACUGGUCGUCACUCCUAGCCUGGACAGACUUGCCACCCAACGUCCACAGUUUAUAUUGGAAUUAUCCAGCCGACUCGUCCCUUGCCAAUCGGCCUGCAAGUUGAUUCGAAGGAAACUCACCAAACCUAUCGCGCCGGCUCUAAGGCGUUUGCAUCCAUGACGACCGUUGCCUUGUAAUAAUCUCUUCUCAGCUCCUGGGUCGUCAACAAAACUAAGUAUUAUACGUUAUCCUUGUUAUAUCUUCCAUAAUUUCGUAACAGCUCUAUGUCAAAAAUAUUAUCCAUAAUCUAUUGUUACUAACUGUAACUAGGGCAUGUUAGUCAAUCCAUGGUCUCACCGUACCAGCUUGCGGCUAUACAUAGGGUUUUUGACUUUGUGAUCCUCGCCCCGUAACUACUCCUGAAUUUUAAUCUUUCGUCCUCGUCACCAUUAUUACUAUUUUAUCCGACAGCAGCCGCCUUUAAAGACAGCGUCUGUGUAUGUAUUUUUGGAUGCCUAGCAUUGUAGUUGACUUACAAUCUCAUCUUAUCCUUGUAUGUCUAGUGGUGUUUUGUGUUCUUUUAAUCCCUACAAAUGACUGUGUCCACCUGCUCUUCCGCUGACCAUGACACUUCCAUCAUAUUGUAUCCCCCCCCCUAUUAUCCACCUCGGUUCCGUGUCCGUGUUUCUGAGCAACGUCCCCAAGCACUGCUGCUGCUCCUGCACAUGCCGGUUCUGUCAUUGUCCGGGCUCUUCCUUUCGUCCCCGGUACAUCCCCCGCGACAACAAGUGCUUGUCAUGCUGCUGCUGCUGCUGCUGCCGUUGCAGCAGCAGUACUAGUAGUCUCUAGUUUCUGGUCUCUUUUAGAUUUUGUCUAUACCCCACAGAUACACAUGUUCUCUCUUAACUUUAUUAUUUUGUUUUUCAAAAGUUCACCAUACACCAUGGCGUAGCUUAAAAUCCUCACCUAGCACUUUGAGCACAAUAUAGUUCACUAAAUGUAGAUUUUCAAUUCCGUUAACACCAGUUUCACGAUCACUUGUAUUAUCAUGUUGCUAAGUUACCAUGCAUAAGCUGGUUUCUCUUGCCACAUUCUCUCCACGUAUCUAUCAACCAUCACAACACAACACGCUCUAGCCUAUAUGCACUAUAAAGUGGUUUGAAUCACGCCUUUGUAAUAAUUAUUUCAAAGUACAGA